AUGGACGAGCUCCGAGGGUCGGGUGGCGUGCCGCGGCUCGAUUCGGCAACCGAGGAGGAGCUGGCGAGGGCGGCGGCACGGCAGAAACAGGUGCAGGCGGCGCAGCAGAAAGAGGUGGAGGCGGCGGCGGCACGCCAGAGAGAGGAAGAAGAGCGGCUGCGCGAGGAGCGCAAAGCGGAGGUGGCCGGGGCGAGCAAGGAGCUCGAGGAGGCGCUCGAGGCGGUGCAGCGGCAGCGCACUCAGGUGCAGGUCGAGCAUGAGCGCGAGCGGGCCGCCCAAUCCCUCGCCGAUGCCAGGAAGGGAGGGAUGGUGCCGCUGCGCAGCGCGCUCGAGGAGGCCAAGGCGAAGCGCGUCGAGCCAGAGAUUAUCUCUCGCGGCGAGUCGUGGUUGCGCGAGCUGGCCGCCAAAUCCCUCACCGAGGCCAUGAAGGGGGAGGACGUCGAGGCGCUGCGCGCGGCGCUGCACACGGCGAAGUGGGCGGCAGUUGAGAAGGCGGUGUGCGAAGACGGCGUGGCGCGGCUGCGCCGCUUGCUCAAGGAGGAGAUGGAGAAGCGCGAGCGCGCGCGCCGUCGGCUCUCCGACGCCAUGGAGGGGCGGCUGUCAAGUGGCUGCGUGCUGUCAUGGCGUCGGCUCUCCGACGCUGUCAAGCGGCUGCGCGCCAGGCUCGACAAGGCGAGAGCGAGGGGCGUUCAAACCAGCCUCAUCUCCCGCGGCGAGGCGCUGCUGCGCAGCUCGCGGCAGGCCAUGGCGACGAAGAUCGAGACGAAGCUGCUGCAGGACCUCUGCGCCUUUUUGGACUCCUCCGGCGGAAGCGCGCGGUCUUCGCAGCUCCUCGUUCAGUUCUGCAGACACGGCUCCCUGAAGAAGCUGCACUUGCUCAAGCGGUGGCUCGGGGUGACUGCUCCGCUUGGGCGUGAGCUCAAGAAGAGCCACGUCUUCGAGGAGCUGCUCAGGCGGGUCCUCAUCCUCACUCCGGAGGAGGCUCCCCUCUCCUCUGAGUUCUUCCUCGUGUUCGCCUUCCGAUGA